UCCUCAUACUUCACAUUCACACUCGCAUUUCAUUUCCAAUUGACUGCUCUCACUCUCUCUCUCUCUCUUUCUCUCUCUCACUCAUCCAUUGCUUUCUUUACUAGACAAGUCACCCACUCUUUGUCGUCACCGUCGACGCACAGGAUUCCAUCUUCAAAUUCAAACACUCAUAAAUGCCAAUAAACUAACCACUUCUCUUUCUCUCUCUCUCUCACCCAUCAACCCUAGAUUCUCUUCAACCAACAACAAUGGCGACAGACGAAGCCACCGAGAAAUCCAAGGAAUCUGAUGCUGCAUUGGAGCUGAAACCGCCAUUGAAGAAGGCUAAGACAUUGCUUGAAAAGUCUGAUGGGUAUGAAACUAGCAAUGGUGAUGUGAAGUGUGUGUUUUCAGCAAUGCCUGAGCCACCGUCACCGUCGGGGACCAAUUCGGAUCAAACAGAGCCGUUCGAAGUAGCUGAGACUGAAGUGGAUGUUGAAUCAAAGCCUGGUUUGAUCGAAUCGAUUGAUGUUUCGGGCGAGAAGUCUCGAUCUGAGGCUGAAGAGACUGAAACGAAGUCUACUUUGAGUGAUGUGAUUGUUGAGAAGUGUUUGAGGUCUCGGAAAAUCCCAUUUCGAAUCGUUGAGGGUGAAAAUGGUGACACUACCAGAUUGGGUUCGGUUGAAUCGAAGGUUAAUGCAGUCGCUUCUUCGGAGAAGAAGGAGAGGAAACAGAAAGUCACGUCUUUCUUCAUCGGAGAGCCAGUUCCGGAAAUCGAAGCUCGAGAAAGGUGGGGUUGGCGAUAUGAUUUGAAGAGUCAAAGAUCUAAGCGCCAAAACUGGAAAUUAAACGCUGGUGAGGAGGAUGAAAUAAUUUUGAAUGUAGAAUGUCAUUAUACUCAAGCUAAAGUCGACAGCUGCAUUUUUAAUCUUGGAGAUUGUGCACACAUAAAGGGUGAUGGAAGACAAAAACAUGUUGGCCGGAUCUUGGAAUUUUUUAAAACAACAGAUGGCGACAAUUGUUUCAGGGUUCAGUGGUUUUAUAAAGCUGAAGAUACGGUUAUGAAAGAAGAAGCUGCUUUCCAUGACAAGAAACGUUUAUUCUAUUCUACUUUACUGAAUGAUAAUUUAUUAGAUUGCAUUAUUUCAAAAGUCAGUGUCAUUCAAAUAGCUCCAACGGUAUGCAGUCUAGGUUUGCAACCAUACUCUGUUCCACCAUCUGACUUUUAUUAUGAUAUGGAGUACUGCGUAGAAUAUUCAACAUUUCGCACCUUAAUGACCAAUGAAUCUGUGCAGAGUUAUGACUUACCUACAUCCGAUGACAUUGAGGCUUUCCGUUCCUUGAUCACUGCGACUCCUUUGGGGGAUAAGCCCAGUUGUGAACCUUACAAAGCUGAGUUGGCAUUGUUAGAUCUUUACUCUGGUUGUGGUGGAAUGUCAACUGGAUUGUGCCUAGGUGCCAAACUUUCGAGUGUUAAUCUUGUGACGCGUUGGGCUGUUGAUGCUGAUAGAUCUGCAUGUGAUAGCUUGGAACUGAAUCAUCCAGAAACACAAGUUAGGAAUGAAACUGCUGAGGAUUUUCUAGAACUUUUGAAGGGAUGGGAAAAGCUUUGCCAGUGGUAUGUGUUCAAUAAUUUAGACAGACCAUUUAAAUAUAGAGCAGAAGCCAAGAGAGAAGUCAAAAGCAAUGUAAAUUCUCCGUCUGAUGUUAAGAUUGCUUCUGGAGAAUAUGAAGUUUUGCGCCUAGUUGAUAUUUGUUAUGGAGAUCCCUGCAAUACAGGCAAGCAGGGGCUAAAAUUUAAGGUUCGCUGGAAGGGAUAUAGUUCGGGUGACGACACCUGGGAACCAAUUGAAGGAUUGAGUAAUUGCCAAGAACGAAUACAAGAUUUUGUUCAAAGUGGAAUUAAACAUAAAAUCUUGCCACUUCCGGGUGAUGUUGAUGUGCUCUGUGGGGGCCCUCCAUGCCAAGGAAUUAGUGGAUAUAAUCGCUUUAGAAAUGUUGAUGCUCCGUUGGAUGAUGAAAGAAAUCGUCAAAUAGUUUUCUUUAUGGACAUUGUGAAGUUCUUAAGGCCUAAGUAUGUCUUGAUGGAAAAUGUUGCCGACAUUUUAAGGUUUGAUAAAGGUUCUCUUGCAAGAUAUGCAUUAAGUCGUCUGGUACAUAUGAACUACCAAGCAAGGCUUGGAACUAUAGCGGCCGGCUGUUAUGGUCUUCCACAAUUUCGGUUGCGUGUUUUCUUGUGGGGUGCUCUUCCUACUGAGAAACUACCCCAAUUUCCACUUCCUACACAUGACGUUGUAGUUAGAUAUGGGUCACCAUCUGAGUUUGAGAGAAAUAUUGUAGCAUAUGAUGCAGGCGAACCUCGCGAACUUGAAGAUGCUGUCCUUCUCCAUGAUGCCAUCUCUGAUCUUCCAGCUGUUACAAACCAUGAAACUCGUGAGCAGAUUACAUACGAAAUGCCUCCGGAAACAGAAUUUCAAAAAUAUAUAAGGUUAACCAAAGAUGAGAUGAUGGAAUUUGCUAAAAAGGGAGUUAUAGGUGCAAAAAAGCCUAUAUUAUAUGACCAUCAGCCUUAUCAAUUGUCUGAGAAUGAUUAUUUACGAGUUUGUCAGAUUCCACACAAAAAGGGUGCGAAUUUUAGAGACUUCCCUGGCUUGGUUGUUGGAAGUGAUAAUGUGGUUCGUCGGGAUCCAACAAAGGAGCAAACGAUGUUACCGUCUGGAAAGCUAAUGGUACCAGAAUACGUCCUCAAUGUUGAAGAAGGGAAAUCUAGAAGACCAUUUGCAAGAUUAUGGUGGGAUGAAACAGUGGCAACUGUAAUUACUUUUCCUUAUGUUCGCUGUCAGGCAAUAUUACAUCCAGAUGAGGACAGAGUCCUCACUAUCCGAGAAUGUGCAAGGUUGCAAGGCUUCCCUGAUUUUUAUAGGUUCUGUGGGUCAGUUAAACAAAGGUACCGUCAAGUUGGAAAUGCUGUAGCUGUUCCUGUUGCACGAGCCUUAGGAUAUGCCCUGGGAAUGGCCUUUCGAAAGCGUGGUGGGAAUGAACCACUCAUGACCCUACCUCCCAAGUUUGCCAUCCAACGAUUUCCAACUGACGAAAUUCUUCUACCAUGAACACAUUAAUAUUUAUUGUAUUCAAUUCAUUGCCAUAAUGUGACAGUGAUAAGCAUCAAACCCUGUCAUUGUUGAACUGUCUGCAUAAUUUUCAAAUUUACCUUUUCAUGAAUAUGGUUCAAUGAUGUGUAAAUUUAUGUACUCUGGUCGUCCAAGCAGCACAAUGGUCUGCUUCCCAUUGCUUUAGCCGUUUUAAAUGAGAGAAAUUUAUUACAGAAUUUGUUUCA